AUGACCACUUCGCUGCUCAGUGCUUUCCAGCCGAAGACAUCUAGCAGAAUGGCAAAUCGCCACAGUUGUGCUGCUCUGUUCCAGUUGUCCGGUGAUCACCACGGCCACCAGCCAUCGCCGAAAUCGCGCAGUGUUCCGGAAGGGUACUUUCGACCGAGGCUGCGGCACAACAGCUUUCCGUUCGCGGCGUUGCUAAUGGAGUCUUCGAGCCCGGUUUUCGAUAAACGCAGUCGAGGCGGCUCCCUGCGGCACAUGUCCCAAAGGUCAGCAGCGCUGGGAUACCCAUCAACGGUGUUAAGAGCCGCUUUCCAUUGCCACCCUUCGACGUCGUCCGCUGUCGCCCCGUCUGGUACAGAGGUGGAAAUUUACCAGCGUACCACGGAGACCGCGGAAUCGACGACCUCCGCCAAAGUGGGCGAGUCUUCGGAUGAGGAGUCGAACUCAUCGGACGAUAGCUUUGUGCGCAUCGAAAUGCAGUCGAUAUGCGCUCCUUCGGAUGGCUCAGACUUGGGUGCGUUUUACAAAGAGUUCAAGAGCGCGUCGUCUGAACUGAAAAGUUUCUUACCGCCAACCUCGCAGUACGUGUGCCAGCUAGCAGCUGGCCUCUGUUGUUCAAGUGGUCUGUCCUACAAAGAGACGGACACAUCGGAGGAGGACGCGUUGAGGAAGAACUCGGGCUCGUUCGAUACGUUCUCCGCCCUGCUGAAUUCCUUCGAGCGGCAACAAGUGAUGUUCGACGCUUUUCUCGCCUCUUUGAACUUGAACUCCACCGACGACGAGGAAGAGGCUUCAGCCGAGCGAUAG